ACCGAAACGAAAACCGAAGUGAAGUGAGUUAAAUUUUGACGAGUACAUAUUUCCGAAAUAAUUUUUAUCAGUGAAAUAUGGAGAUGAGCAAAGAUUUUGGAAGCUGUUGCAAAGACGCAAAAUGCUGUUCAACUGAAACUUGCACUUGCAAAGACUGCAAGUGCAAAACUGAUAGGAAAUGCUGUAGUUGCUGUUGCUUCAAUGGAAAAUGCUGCCCGGAAGGUGAUUGCUGUGAGGCCAAUUGUACUUGCAAGGAUUGCGAGUGCAAGGAAGAUGCCAAUUGCUGUUGCCAAAACGGCAAAUGCUGUCCGGAAGGAAACUGCUGCUCCAAUCAAGCCAAGACUUGUGUUUGCAAAGGCUGCAAGUGCAAAACUGAUCAAGAUUGUUGCAGUUGCUGUUGCAUUAAUGGAAAUUGCUGCUCUGGAGGAGAAAAGUGCGUUUGCAAGGAUUGCAAGUGUAAAAAUUCCAAAGCUGAUUCUUGUUGUGUUGACUUGAAAGAUUGCAAAAUUACCUGCAGUGUGACUUGUGUUCGCAAGGACUGCAAAUGCAAUCCAGAUUGUUGCAAAGAAGGCAAAUGCUGCCCAAAAGGAGAUUGUUGCUCUGGAGGCAAAGAAUGUGUUUGCAAGGAUUGCAAAUGCAAUCCAGAUUGUUGCAAAAAUGGCAAAUGCUGUCAAAAAGGAGAUUGUCGCUCUGACGGAAGAGAUUGUCUUUGUAAGGAUUGCAAAUGCAAAAAUUCCAAAACCGAUUCUUGCUGUGAUGACUCAGAAGAUUGUAAAAUUACCUGCAAUGUGAGCUGUGUUUGCAAGGACUACAAAUACAAACCUAAGUGUUGCAAAGAUGGCAAAUGCUGUCCAAAAGGAGAUUGUUACUAUGAGGGAAAAGAAUGCGCCUGCAAGGAUUGCAAAUGCAAACAUUCUAAAAUUGAUUCUUGCAAAAUUACCUGCAGCGUUACUUGCUAUUGCAAAUGUAAUGCUAAAUGUUGCAAAGAAGGAGAAAAGUGUGUUUGCAAGGAUUGUUGCAACAAAGGUAAAUGCUGUCCGAAAGGAUAUUGUUGCUCUGAAGGAAAAGAGUGCGUCUGCAAGGAUUGCAAAUGCAAAAAUUGCAAAUUCGAUUCAAAUGAAGAAAAGUGCUGUCUCAAACCAAAACAAUGCAAAUCUGGGGAAACCACUGAAGACAAAAAAUGCAAAACUGGAAAGUCUUUUGCUAAGAAAUCAAAUUAUCAAUAAUAAUUUAUCCUUUAUAUCAAUCAAUUAUUUUAAUCAUUAUUAUUUAUAUGUGUCCUCUCGUUUUUAUUCUAAUCGGUGAUUUCACCGAUGAGUUAUCUUUAUUUAAAUGUUUACAGCUGUAU